AUUAAGAACCCUGUUUAGCUGAGCAUUUAAAACAUGAAUUUAACUAUUCGAUUAGCCGCAUAUUCUAUCAAGCUCCCAGGAAGUUCAGCUUUUAAAACUCCUUUAUCAACAUUUACAAGACUGAUGUCCACGCAAAGAAUUGAAUUUGACACGAAGAAUGCUAAGGGAUCAUGUCCUGGUGUACUUUGCGGAGAUGCAAAGAGUAAGCCAAAGGGUGUCAUCAUUAUUCACGAAUGGUGGGGAAUGAAUGAUCAAAUAGCAGAAACCGGUAAAAAAAUCUCCGAGGAGGGUGGCUUUACAACUUUAGUGCCUGAUUUCUAUAGAGGUCAGGUUGCUGCCGAUAGCGAAAUGGCUGGACAUUUAAUGAGUAACCUUGAUUGGAAGGGAGCACUUUUGGAUAUUAGCGCUGCAGCUGAAUACCUCAAGUCCAAAGGAUGCAACAAAGUGGGAGUAAUGGGAUUCUGUAUGGGAGGUGCAUUGAGUUUCGCCGCAGCAGCCAGUUGUCCCGAAAUAAGUGCUUCUGCACCUUUCUACGGUAUACCUUCAGCAGAAUUAGCCGAUUUAACAAAAAUAGCAAUACCGUUGGAAGCUCAUUUUGGUAAAAAAGACGACAUAAAAGGAUUCUCCUCACCAGACGAUUAUCUACCUUUAAAAGAGAAACUAGAAAAAGCUGGUGUUAAGGCUAAAUUUUUCGAAUACGAUGCUGGACAUGCCUUCACAAAUAAGUCUGGCCCAUUGAAUAAUUAUAACGAAGCGUGCUCAAUUCUUGUAAAUGUUACUUAUAUUACUAACGAAAGUAAUCAAACUGCAAAAUUAACUUUAGCUCAGGCGUUAAAGUUUUAUAUACAUAAGAAAGAAUUUCUCUGGGAAGAUAAAACUGUAAAUGAUGUAAUAAUCUGCGAAAGGGGAAAGAGAUUAUUUUAUGUACUCGACGAGAUAUUGUGCAAAGAAUGCUCUAUAGGUAGUUAUUCAGAUAAGCAUAACCUUAAGAAAUGCCAUCCGUGUACAAGAGGCUAUUAUCAGGGGAAAGUUGGACAGACUGAAUGCGAUCAGUGUCCCGUAAAUUAUACUACAAGUAGAAAGAGGGCAAUCCAUAACUUUGAAUGCGUUUUGAUGGACGAAAACGGCAAACCGAAACCAUUAGACAAAUAUCCUGAAAUUGUUACUUUUCCUUAUUUUAUUCCUUAUUUAACUCUACAAAUACUAGUCUACUGUCUUCCUUGCAUCUUCUUAUAUAUGAUCAAACGUAAGGAUAGGAAAGACUCUGAUACGUCCAUCGGACUUAAUCUUGAGAAAUUAUGGAAGAAGGAACACGACGGCUAUCCAACAGUUUAUCAAGAAGUUGAUACGGAAAAGGUAAGAAGAUUAUCUCGAGUUUUAGGUUCUCGUAAAUCCAUAGGGCGACGGCCAUCGCAGAAUUUAGAGAUUAUCACCAUGGAGAUUCAUAAACCUGCUCAUAGACUAACUCAAGCCGAUAUUGAUAUUCAAGUUAAAAAGUAUAUAAAAGAGUUUAAUAGGAAGCGGAUGUCUCAUUUACAAAAUAGUAUUGCCAUUAUACCUAAUGGAAAAGACGAAGGUAGCGAUGAAUCUUUCCCUAAAUAUAACAAAUUAGAAACUGUAAAUGGUACUUCAAAUGAUGGAGAAGGUUGUUCGAGUUCAGCAAAUUAUCUUCCGGCCCGUCAACGAAGCGUCUCAUUAGGAAAAACUGACACGAGUUCUCCUGACGAGAAAUUUAAUCAUAUAGUUAAUUCCCCAUCGCCAAUGUUAAGGAGAUCAGUGACUCCACCCAGUGAACAAUUCAAUAAAGUUCAAUCUUUAAGAUUUAGGUCAAAGUCAGCUCGCUGUCUAAAGAAAUAUUUUAAAAGUAGCAGACUAAACUGUAGUGGUUUGAAGGGGAGAUACUACGAAAAAUUACUCUCUAUUGACGAAUAA